UACAACACAAGCAUGUCGCAGCUUAAAAUUGGCACGGUCACUCGUUCGACUCGUGGGUGUAUUUCGGACGAAAGGAGUAGACAAAGCGCGUCGCGAGCGAGAUGCCACUGCAGGUUGACUGUGGCCGAUCAUCCAAGGCAGCUGUCGGUCUCGGAAGCCUUUUGACACCUCCAGACUCGCCAGGGGUGCGGACGACGUCGAUCAGCAGCCAUCUCCUGCAGCAGCUCAGGGCAAAGUCGACGAACACAGUGCUGGUGGGCAACCACGAGUGUCCCGUGGAGCCUGUGUCCUGGGAGCUCUUCAAAAUAUAUGUGGAUGCAGAGGAUUUGGACCCGCUGGGGCGCAGUGUCGAGACGCAGGCCAAGUACGAGAUACACAAGACGAAGAUGAUGGGCGAGUAUGGCACGAUGGCCAACUAUUUAAAGGCACAUGUGUUGCGGACUUUAUAGCUGAAAAGAGAAUGCCUGGGUUUGAUGCGGAUUCGGCCAUUGGGGCUGCAGAUUUCACAUUCCGCAUCAACGAUUUCCCCUACCAUAUCGGAGAUGGCGUCGAGCAUUGGGUGCUGUGGUGUCUUAAGCGCUUGCAGCCUGGGUUUGAUGCGCCUGAGGCGGCCGUCCAGGCGAUUACACAAAAAUUUGGCGAGAAUAUCGAGUGCAGGUAUUUCGUCAAUCCCGUGAACAAACAGAGCGUGCCUCAAUUGAGCCACGCUCACGUGUUUGUGCGCAAGCUGUAAACAAGUGAGG